UGAGAUUGUUCCUCACCAGCGAUGCCAGCCCACAGAUGGGCGGCACUGCCACAUCCACCGGCACGGGGCAGCAGGAGAGAGGGGGCCUAAGGCCGCACGCACCCCAGGUGCAGAUGGCCGCUCUGCCCCUCACGCAGGGCUUCGUCGGAGCCUCCCUGCAGCCGGGGCUGUCCUGCAGAAACCAGGGGCACCCCGUGCCCACCGCAGCCCCUCCAGCCCCUGGCUCUGUGCGGGCAUCAGGGCGAGCGCAGGGGGGCUUCAAGCCGGGACGCGUUUCAGGGGUUAAGUCCUGCUGUGCUCCUGCCCAGCUCGGCCUCCUGCUGCCUGCCCCGUCCGGCAGAGGGGCAGGCACCAAAAGCGUUAACAGCACGCGCCCGUUUCCAUUUCCUGUGCAGCUUCUCGUUUUCCUUCUGGAGUUAGAGCCCAGAUUUUCGGCAGCGCCGAUGGCUCCGCUCUGCGCCGCGCUGCUGGCUCGGCUCCUGCUGGGGCAGCUCAGCCUCGUCCUAGCGUGGCUCUCGGGUGCGGGUGCCCAGGCAGAUCCGAGCUUCCAGCUGCGACAGCCCCAGAAGGAGGUGUCGGUGAUGGUGGCGGAGACGCUGACCCUGACCUGCACCGUGUCUGCAGGGCGUCCCGUUGGCCCCGUGAGGUGGCUGAAGGGCUGGGGCAGUGGCAAUGAGACCAUUUAUGACCAGAAAGAACCCUCCUCAUCCCGCGGGACGAGGGCAGUGAAUGGCUCCAACACAGACUUCACCAUCCUCAUCAGGGACGUCCGCCCCGAGGAUGCCGGCACCUAUUACUGUGUGAAGUUUCGCAAAAGGGACACCGGUGAUGAGUUGUAUCGGCGUGGCGAGGGCACGGUGGUGUCGGUGCAGGAGACUUCUCCAUUUCCCAGCGUGGAGGUUGCAGCUGCCGUGUUCUUCUUCCUCCUCCUUAUCUUCAUCCUCACCUUCUGCGUGUACCACAAGAAGCGGCGGGGUGAGGGACAGAGCCAGGGUGCAGCCGGGGCACCCGCAGGCGGCUGCUCACCCAUCCGUGUCCCGUGCUGUGCAGGGAGCCCCGGGACCCCCAGCAGCGAAGGCCGGGAUGCAGAGACCCCGAGGCUGCCCCACCAGAGACUUCUCCAUUUCCCAGCGUGGAGGUUGCAGCUGCCGUGCUCUUCUUCCUCCUCCUUAUCUUCAUCCUCACCUUCUGCGUGUACCACAAGAAGCGGCGGGGUGAGGAGCAGAGCCAGGGUGCAGCCGGGGCACCCGCAGGCGGCUGCUCACCCAUCCGUGUCCCGUGCUGUGCAGGGAGCCCCGGGACCCCCAGCAGCGAAGGCCGGGAUGCAGAGACCCCGAGGCUGCCCCACCAGCAGAGCAGCGAGCAGGACAAGGACAUCCACUACGCCGACCUGCAGCCCCUGCCCGAGGCGCCGCAGCGCAGCCAGAGCCCCGGCGCGGAUCGCUCCGAGUACGCCAGCAUCAGGGGAGCUGCCAAGUGACGCACGGCCCCGCCGGGGGCUGAGGAGCCGGCGCCGGGGGAGGAAGCAGAGACUUUCCUGAAGGGCACCAGAAAGAAGAAGUGUAUCUGUCUGUGUAGCGCAGCUGGCCCAAGCUUGGCAUGCGAGCCUCAAAGCUCUCCUAACUCAUUCCCAUCUCGGUGGCUGUGCCAGGCGGGGGCAGGCUCAGUGCCCGAGCUGCCCUGCCCAGGCUCGCAGAGACCACCCCGGGGGCCAGCAGCCACCUCGAGUGCAGGACCAGGGCUCUGGGCUGAGCAUCUCUGCCUUGUGUGAGCCGUGUGGUGCCGACAGCUCCGCGAGGACUUCAUGCACACUCGUCUCUGCCAGAACAGGCCACUGGAACUUUCUUGGCUCAGCAGAUCCAUGAUUUGUAUUAGGUCAUCAUCGCGCCGAGCCCGUCCUCAUUAAAGCCUGCUAAGAGCC